UUACUUACUUUAUAUUUUCUUGUUGUUGCCAUAAUAAUGUUCAAACAACAACUAUUACCGUGGCGUACCCUUCUCACUGGUACCGCACACUGAUGUAAGUAGAUCUCCACCUGUUGACAUUGGCGAGAAGCACCUGUACACCCCUGAGUGGUUAAGACAGACGCCCCAGCUACUACUCCAACAAUACGGCAACAACCACAACCACCGCGUCCCUCAGUAGCGGCUGCAGGACCUGUGCCUUCACUGGUACAAGACGUGCCGCACUGGAGCCUAUUGGAGCACGCCCCAAACCACCAAUGAGGCUUUCCAGCCCAUCCCGGUCGCUACAUAUGACGCUCAGAGCUCUUUUACGGCAGCAGCGUCCUCCUGGAGUUAACAAUAUCGUCGCAAUGGAACAGACCCCUGACCAGGCAGUUGACUCAGAUGCCUAUGAGUUUAAGGUCUCUCCCUGAGGAUCUGAGCAAAAGAUUCGGACACGCACAGAGGCAUAUAAUAUAUAGUAUGGCGCACUUUUUUGGAUACAAUAACAAUUAUAUACUAAGCAGCCAGAGCCACUUGAAUGUAUUGCCCCGGGCUUAUAUUACGCAGUGCUGUUCAGUAGCCUUCUAACUGACCGUUGUACGGUUAGUGGUAGCACACAGCUUUCGAACAUUUUUAUUUGCCUCGAUAGUUUCCCAGAUAUCGAUAAACAUAAUACUUGUGCUGUAAGGUUACCAGACUAUUAAAAAAUGAUAAGCGAUAUUGUGACAGCGAACCCAAAGUGAGUGCAUUUUUAUUGCACGUUUAAUUAAAAUAUUUUGAACAUAGUUUUCAACUCUAUCACGGAUAUGCGUAUAUUGCUCAUUUCUGCUGCUGAAACAGCUGUAACGAACACCUGUUCGCCAAUGUUUUGAAAGAAAAUUUUGGACGAAAAUGCAACGAACACCUCAUCUAAGGAUGUUAUUUCGUUUUGCCAACAGGCAACUAUGCAGGAGUAAAGAAUUUCAUAGCAGGCGCUCCACCGCCCAGAAGCUGAACAAACCCCAGCGCCGAUGGCAGAGUGUGCCGUAUGUGCGAUUGGGGGUCUUGCUGGCAGGAGCUGGCGUCAUUGGCUAUGAUGGCAUUGUCAACGAGUUCACCUACUGUGGGGCAUCUGUGCGUUUCGCCCGCUCACUGAAAACUGCAUCAUUGAUAGCUGUCGAUUAUCUGUGGCUGAACAAGAAUGAUCCGGAGUAUGAAAUCAAGAAAAAAGUAGUGCAUGAAAGUAGUGCGAACCGCCUAUUAGAAACGUGUCUGCUUAAUGGUGGCCUCUACAUUAAGGUGGGGCAAGGAUUCGCAGCCAUUAAUCACAUUUUGCCAAUUGAAUACACAAGUAUACUAUCAAAGCUGCAGGACCAGUGUCUGCCAACCUCAAAGUCCGAUAUACAGAAAGUGUUUCGCACUGAUUUUGGCCAGCUACCCGAGGAUAUAUUUCAAGAAUUUGAUUACAAGCCCGUUGCGGCCGCGAGUCUGGCGCAGGUCUUCAAGGCGAGGUUACAGAGCGGCGAGCAGGUGGCCGUCAAAGUGCAGUAUAGCGAUUUGCAGAAGCGUUUCAUCAGCGACUUGGCCACUAUUAUCUUUUUGCAAGACAUAAUCGAGUUUAUCUUCAAGGACUACAAUUUCGGUUGGAUCUUAAAUGAUCUCCGCAAGAAUCUUGUGCAUGAGCUCAAUUUUGUGCAGGAGGGUAAAAACGCUGAGCGCUGCGCCAGGGAUCUACAAAAGUUGAGCUACGUGCGUGUGCCCAAGGUCUUUUGGGGCCACACUAAGACACGUGUGCUUACACUUGAGUGGAUGGACGGGCUCAAAAUUAGUAACAUGGAGGGCAUAAAGAGACUGGGCCUGCGUCUAAUUGACAUCGACCAUAAACUAUUUAAAGUAUUUGCAGAGCAGAUCUUUCACACUGGAUUUGUGCAUGCGGAUCCACAUCCCGGCAACAUAUUUGUGCGUAAAAGUGCGACAGGUGGCGAUGCGGAUAUAAUAUUACUGGAUCAUGGACUCUACGAGGAACUUCCUCAUGAUGUACGGAUUCCUCUUUGUGAAUUCUGGGAGGCCACUGUGCUGCGCAAUGAGCCACGUAUGAAGGCAGCUGCGAAUAAAAUGCAGGUUGUUGAUCAUAUGAAGUUUGCCGCGGUGCUCUUCCAACAGCCCAUCAAAAUGGAGGGUGGUCGCAUACGCAGCAAACUCACACAGGAAGAUAUCGACUAUGUGCAGAAGGUAGCCAAGGAAAACUUUGAUAUCAUAAUGAGCACCCUUAAGGAAAUGCCGCGCAGCUUGCUCUUUGUGGUUCGCAAUCUGAAUACUGUACGAGCCAUUGGCGAUAUGCACGGCGAUCUGGUGGACCGCCCGCGCAUCAUGGCUCGCUGUGCCCAGAGUUGUCUAUACAAGCAGAGUAGGUCGCCAACCCAGUAUAUACACUGGUUAUACCGACGCAUAUACUUUGAGUACUGUCUAUGGGCGUCUGCCUUCAGGGUCCGCUUGUUGGAUUGGUAUUUCAAUUUCCUGUAUCUGGUGGGACGGGCACCAGCAGGCGCCAGGACACUUAUGCGCGACAUUAUGAAACAGGAAAAGCAAGUGUUGCAUAAGAUAGAUUAAUUAAACAAAUAACUACCAGCAGAUAACCAUUACUAAAAACAAUAGAAUAUUCCAUCUUCAGCCGUUAAGCAUUGUGGCAUUUGAUGUUAAAUGCAAUUCUUGCAUAUAUUUAGAAAUAUGUCUUUUAAAUUUUUUGUAACACGUCAUGUUAAAUUUUUGUGAUUGGUCUACUGUCUAGAAACUAUAUUCAAAUUGUACUAUAAUAAAAGCCAUUUGAAGC